GGCCGGUGGACCUCCGGCUCCGAGUGGAGGUCCAUCCGGGACCACAGCGCUGCGAACCGGUUUAACACAGAACGUGUCGCCGCCUUUCAAACAAAGUCACUGAAAUUUAUUUUUUUUUACUGCAUAACGCCAGUGUGUUUUAUAAUCGCAGAACAGGAGUUGACGGAGCUUCACUCGGUAAAGUGCGACGGAGCUGCUUAACACUCGAGUCUCGCCCAGCCCAUCCGCCUGAUGCUGGAGUACACCGGAACCAAGUACGAGAGCAAGUUUUACGUCUGUGGUGAAGCUCCCGACUAUGACAAAAGCUGCUGGUUUGAUGAAAAAUACAAACUUGGAAUGGACUUUCCUAAUCUGCCCUACUUGGAGGAUGGAGACAGGAAGAUAGUGCAGAGCAAUGCCAUCAUGAGAUACAUCGCUCGUAAGCACAAUAUGUGUGGUGAGACGGAGGAUGAGAAGGUCCGUGUGGACAUCAUGGAGAACCAGUCGAUGGAUUUCAGAAAUGGCUUUGUGAGGCUGUGCUACGCUGACUUUGACAAGCUGAAGCCAGGGUACCUUGAGGCGCUGCCAGGCGUGCUGAAGCAGUUCUCAAAUUUCUUGGGAGACAGGAAGUGGUUUGCAGGUGACAAGAUCACUUUUGUGGAUUUCAUUAUGUACGAACUGUUGGAUCAGCACAGGAUGUUUCAUCCUACGUGUCUGGAUGACUUCAAGAACCUCAAAGAUCUUUUAGACCGAUUUGAGGCUCAGGAGAAGAUUGCUGCCUACAUGAAGUCAGACAGAUUCAUUAAGGCUCCUGUCAACAACAAGAUGGCCAAGUGGGGAAACAAGAAAGAGUAAAGGACAGUGCGUAUAGGCCUGCAGAAAUUAUGAAAAGAAUAGUUUUCACAAGUGCAACUGAGUCAACAACUUAGAAAUUCAGGAGAAAUGUUGUCUGUGCUUUGUCUUUUCAACUACUUGGUUCUGUAAGUUUCAUAUCCUUUAAUCAUGUUACCCUCUCCUACAUAUUUACAUGCCAGUUCUAAAAUCAUUUUCAGCUGGAUUGCGUAAAAAGAAAUCCAAGUUUGUACUAAUAUUAUGAAGUUGUGUAGAAACUUUAAUUUGAGUUAAAGCACUUAAUUUCUUUGUUACAUCUGAAACAAUUCUUUUUUUGGCAGAUUAAAGUAAAUCUUGUACAAAUGUU